GGGUGGAUUUCAUGUUCAGCGCUUAACUUACCUCCGAAUAAAACCCGCAGCCCCUAUUAGCUACUCGCUGGUAAGGCCAGCGCGUCCCGCGCAUUUCGUGUUUCCGACUUUACCCGACAAUAGCUAACUGGCGAUGCAAAUUUAGAACUGCGACCUACAUUCUUUGUUCCGGGGGAUUCCCUACUUGUGCGCAUGUCCAGAAGACGUUAAUAUGUCUUCCGGGAAAAACAAACAGACGUGCUCACAGAUUUACUGUACAACUCUGUGGAUGUGCUCUUUUCGCGGAACAAACUUUGUCAGCCGACUUUUUUUAUAAUAAUGGAGCCGACGUCUUCCAAACGCCAGCGAGGAGCAAACUGGUCCAGCAGGGAAGUACGGGCAUUAUUAGAGUUUAAGAGAGAGGUUUUUGAGAUAACUCUAGUCAGCAGCUGCCCAGAUUUGCCUUCAUAUGCACCUGUUCCUGAUGGUGGCCUAACAAAGGAAGUGUUCUCUAGUGUAGAUGUCUAUGAUACAAAUAGUUUAAGAUGUACUCUCAAUAUAUAUUCUGAGAAAAUAAGUGUCAAGCAGAAUUUAAGUUCAGGUCAGCUUUAUGCUAUACCUAACGCUGUUUGCAGAAAUGACAAGUACUGUUAAUAGUUUGUAAUCUCAGCAGUCCUGUCCAACCUUAAAUGAAUUUUCAGUAGGAUGCAUGUGUGGAAGUGUAAUGUAUCUUAAGAGUAAUGUACAAUCUAAGAUUGCAUAUUUUUGUGGUGCACAACUUGUGAACCAAAUAUUGAAACUUGCACUGGUUUUUCAUUGUUGUUGUUGUUUUGGGAUGAGCAGACAUUUAGAGUUGCAUGCUGGAAUUAAUAAAGUUGAUCAUUCAUUUUCAUUGUAUUUUCUGCCUGUUCCUUAACCGAGAAUGUCUAAUGCUGAUAUACUUUACUCUUCUUCAGAAUUUUGCUUCAAAGUGAGUGGAAGCCUCAAACAUUUAUUCCAAAGAGUUGCACAUGUAAAAUAUUGUUCAAGAAGAAUAUAAGAUUUUAAUAGCCAAGUGACAGCAUUAAGAACAUGUCUUAGUGAUGACCGCUACUCUUGACAAACACUUGCAGAGGCCACCACAUGCACUACUG